AAUGAUAUAUAAAGAAAAACAGAACAUGCCCUCGUCCCUCCAGAGCUCCAGUCGUCAUCCUGUCACUCCAUCAGACAGAGGAACCCAGUCACAGCUGUCAGUAUGGUGGGUCUGAAGCCAUCUGAUGUUCCUCCUCCUCUGGGUGUGAAGGUUCUCAGCGCAGGAACGGCCGCCUGCAUCGCUGAUUUAGUCACCUUCCCUCUGGACACCGCGAAAGUGCGGCUACAGAUCCAGGGAGAGACAGCGGCGACGGGCGCAGCUAAAGGCAUCCGGUACAGAGGGGUGUUUGGGACCAUCAGCACCAUGGUGAGAACGGAGGGGCCGCGCUCGCUCUACAACGGAACUCUCCCCAACAUCACGAGGAAUGCUCUGGUCAACUGCACUGAACUGGUGUCCUACGAUCUCAUCAAGGAAGCCAUUCUCAAACAUAAACUCAUGUCAGGUAUGAAAACUCACGGCAGGGCUCACAAUCAGAAACCUAAACAACUCAGUACAGCCGAAACGUUCCUGUGGUUCUCCUUCAGGUUCGUUCCAUCUUUCCUGCGGCUGGGCUCCUGGAACGUGGUGAUGUUUGUGUCGUUCGAGCAGCUCAAGCGGGCCAUGAUGAUGUCCAGGAGCAGAGUCGAGGCCACCACGUAGAUCUUCCCCUCCAACUGAAAUCAAGCACACAGACUCACAUGAGCAGCUGUUUCAAAUUCCUCUGACAGGACGAUGACGAGAACAGGUGUAACUUCCAGUUUCACGCUUCCGCUUUGGAAGUUAAACAGGCAACAUUACAGGAUGCAUCUGUCAUCCUUUCUCUUUCAGGGUAAACCACUAUAAAAACCGCUGCCCAAUACAACCAUUGAUCACACAAUGCACAAAUCUUCUGAACCUCAGACCCUUUAUAUGUUAAUGUACAUAAUGUUUAUGUAAUAUUUAUAUUUCCUCAUUUUUUAAAAGCAAUUAGAGCUUUGUUUAAAGCAACUAUUUACCUUAAUGUCCAUUUAACCCUAAAGAUCCAACAAGUAACCCUGGAAUGACCUAGAAAGUGUUGCCUCAUUACUGGAAACCUAAAAAGACAAAGAUAAGCACAUAUGCUUCAAUAAACACCUUUAUACAAC